AUGCAUUUGAAUAUCGCCUGGGAACUUCCAAAAGCUUACGAAGAAGCCGGAAUUUCAGAGGGGCAGAUGGAUUUGAGUGAAACGAAGGUUGAAAAAACCAUUGAUACUUUGGUCAAAAAGGAAGCGGAAGAGGAAGCUGACAAGGAAUUGGCUGAGGAAGUCAAUUAUGAUGAUGAGGAAAUGCCUGAUGCUGCUAAGAUCCAGGAUGCUCAGAUUGCUGUGGGGGACAGCGCCUGUCUUGAAAAUGCUUCCGCAAAAAAGAUUCAGGAAGAAAAUAAAACGGCCGAAAUGAAAAAGGAUAAGAAAGAGAACACGGACAAGGCAGACGUGUUCACCUGUGCUGCGGAAACUGUGUCGUCGACGCCAGCGGAGCACGACGAAAAUGCAUCGUCAGGCACGGUGCUGAAAAAAUCGGACAAUUCGCUUUGGAUCAAAGGCAUCAGCCCAAGCACAAAAGCUGCGGAUCUUAAGGCAUUGUUUGCCCGAUACGGUCGGGUUCUGACUGCGAAGAUAUUUACCAGACGGCAGCAGCCAUCAAAUGCAUGUUUUGGCUUCGUCACAAUGGUUGAUGUUGCCGCGGCUGAUCUUUGCAUCCAGAAACUGCAUAAAACAACUAUCAAGGGGCGACUAAUCACUGUGGAACGAGCGGAUCGUUGCAACAUGCCCACUGUAAAAUCAAUUCCAAAGAAGACAUCAUCUAGUGCGACGGCAGGAAGCGCGAAAACCACCAGCGCAGCUGAUGCGUCAUCGAAAAUUGCGGAGGACAAAAAGUCAGCCAGCGCAAAAACAUCCGAAAAGUCCAAAAAGGACAGUGGUGCGGAAAAAACGAAGUCGACAAGUUCCGGUAAAGCGAAGCGAGAAGGAAGCGAGAAGCCAAAAACAUCGAAGACUAUUGUAACAUCAAGAUCGCCGGUUAAAGCACCGUCGGAAAGCACACCACACUCAAGAUUUCCAACGUUCAGUAGCAAACGUCCGACAGCAUCACGUGCUCCACUCCGUUUCCGUGCUGGUCGGAGAAUUGAUCGAGUGGAUCGUGUAUCUGUGUUACGACGCACAUUCCCCCGUAAACCGAGCUAUUCAUCUGCUGCGGCAAGAAGAUCGUUGGGAAGCCGAGCUUUCUCGAGUCGUUUUGCCCGUGGCAGUAGUUCACGUGGCCUUUCACGACGGGAAGUUUCCUCGCAUCGCGUUGAGUCAUCUUCGUGGGAGAAACGUGAGAUGAUUGAAAUGUUGCGUAAAAAAGAGGAAGAACACCGACUAAAAGAGCAGGAAUUGAGACUUCAGCGUGAACGUGAGCGUCUCAAAUUCGAGCGUGAACGAUUUGAACGAGAGCGCCUGGAACUGCAGCAGUUACGCCAGAUCGCGGCUCUUGCAACACCAGUACAGACAGUGAUGCCAGCGCCUGCAGCUCCUGGGCCGCGUCGCUCUCAUGAAUACGGUGAUGUGGAUUCAUCCAGGUACAAAUCCGAAAGUAGAUUGAAGUACGUUUUGCUUCGAUUCCUGAUGAUUGAUUAUUGA